UAAUUUACUUCACACAGGAAAAUCACAUUGCAUUGAAUACUGCAUUAUUGAUCCUUGAAGAUAUUGUGAAAAAUGCUGCACCUGGUUUACACCGUGUUGCUCUUAUCUGCUGCUUUCAAUACAGGUUCAAGCCUACCUUCGUUUGACAUAGAUUGGUCGACAGUUGCCUGGGUUGCUGGAGGUGCAGUUACUGCAGUGGUUGCUGCCCCACUUGCUGUCGGGGCACUCGGGUUCACUGCCGCUGGAAUAUCAGCUGGAUCUGCGGCAGCAAGUGCGAUGUCCGCGUUUGCUGCUAUGAAUGGAGGAGCGACAGUGGCUGGUGGUGUUGUGGCAACUUUGCAGUCUGCCGAUUGGUCGACAGUUGCCUGGGUUGCUGGAGGUGCAGUUACUGCAGUGGUUGCUGCCCCACUUGCUGUCGGGGCACUCGGGUUCACUGCCGCUGGAAUAUCAGCUGGAUCUGCGGCAGCAAGUGCGAUGUCCGCGUUUGCUGCUAUGAAUGGAGGAGCGACAGUGGCUGGUGGUGUUGUGGCAACUUUGCAGUCUGCCGAUUGGUCGACAGUUGCCUGGGUUGCUGGAGGUGCAGUUACUGCAGUGGUUGCUGCCCCACUUGCUGUCGGGGCACUCGGGUUCACUGCCGCUGGAAUAUCAGCUGGAUCUGCGGCAGCAAGUGCGAUGUCCGCGUUUGCUGCUAUGAAUGGAGGAGCGACAGUGGCUGGUGGUGUUGUGGCAACUUUGCAGUCUGCCGGUUCAUGCCUACCUUCGUUUGACAUAGGGUGUUCGACAGUUGCCUGGGUUGCUGGAGGUGCAGUUACUGCAGUGGUUGCUGCCCCACUUGUUGUCGGGGCACUCGGGUUCACUGCCGCUGGAAUAACAGCUGGAUCUGCGGCAGCAACUAUGAUGUCUUGGUAUGGAGGAGCAACAGCGGCAGGUGGUGUUGUGGCAACUUUGCUGGCUGUUGCUGCCCCACUUGCUGUCGGGGCACUCGGGUUCACUGCCACUGGAAUAACAGCUGGAUCUGUGGCAGCAAGUGCGAUGUCCACGUUUGCUGCUAUGAAUGGAGGAGCGACAGUGGCUGGUGGUGUUGUGGCAACUUUGCAGUCUGUUGGAGCCCUUGGAUUAACUGCAAGUGCAAAGGCUGUCAUGGCGAGCAUGGGCGCUGGUUUUGGCUAUGUUGCCAAAUCAUUUUUUUGUGAGUCUUCAGGUGAACAUUUUUUUAUGAAGGCAAUUCCAAUGUGGUUUUGCAAGGUCCAGUCUGCGAAUAAAAUUAUUAUCUGUUCUGGAUCAUCAGAUUAUUAUUUGUUAAUCUCAAAGGAUGAACAAUAGCCUGUACCACAAUAAACAUUGCAAGGUUCCCUAUCCCAUCGAAUUAUUGCAAUAACAUUGACAGAAUGGAGACUUUUGAAAUGUUGUUAACAUUCACGUUUUCCUUCAAUGCUACUGUUCAAGAGUGAUUCUAGAUGAAUGCAAAAUAAAAAAAAGUUAUAA